AUGGCCUCGGAACAGUCAUCGCUGUACGGCAAACCCAAGGCCAAAUCAUCUAAGACACAAGAGAUCACAUCAUCGUCCAACCUCGCUUUCACCAGCCAACUAUCCUCCCUCAUCUCCCAGGGCUCUGGCACAACCUCUCACGGACGCCCACGACCAUCCAAGACCUCCAAAAGCGACCUUUUCGCAAAGAAAAACAAAGGCGCCGAGAAGCGCGCUGCUGCAGAUCUCCAGGAUGAUGACCACCAUGUCUCCAAUCAAGUACAUAAGCGAAGCCGUGACAUUGGGGCAAUCGAUGGCGCCACCUUGAAUCGAUCCAAGCAACGGAUGGCGAAGAAAGUGCGCAUGUACGAGGAUAUGAAGAAGGGAGUGCACCUCACUGGUGAAGAUAGUGAUGAGGAUGGAGGAGACGAUUACAUAUCACGAUUGCGACGCAGAGAGAAAGCCGGACUGGUCGACUUUGAUACGAAAUGGGCCGACGAGGAGCGCAAGAAAAGUGGCUCCGGUGACGAAGACGAAGAAAAUGAGGACGACGACAAUGCUUCCGUUGUUUCCUACGAAGACGAGUUUGGUCGAACGCGUCACGGCACCAGGGCCGAGGCUGCACGCGCAGCCCGCACCAAAGAGGAAGAAGAGAAUCGCGGUCGAGCUACAGAGGAACGCUGGCGACCCUCACGGCCAGAAAACCUGAUCUACGGUGAAGCCAUUCAAUCCCAAGCUUUCAAUCCAGACGCGAACAUCGCGGCGCAAAUGGCCCGCCUCGCAGCCAAGCGAGACCUAUCACCCGAGCCGGAAUUUGCACACUACGACGCCGAUGCCGAAGUUCGCAAUCGCGGAACGGGCUUCUAUGCAUUUUCACAGGACCAGGAGGAAAGAAAGAAGCAGAUGGAGGAGUUGAAGAAGGCUCGCGAGGAGACGCAGCGGCGGCGAGAGAAAUUGGCAGCCAGGGAGGCUGAGCGACGGGCUGAACUCGAAGAGCGACGACGACAAAUUCAGGUACUCCGGAAUAGGAGACUUGCGGAACAAUCUAUGGCCACGUUGGUGACUCCGCCGCCGGAAACAUGA